AUGGACGACAUCCACGGCUUCCUUAAAGAAAAUGUCCUUCCUGAGGAUGAUGCGGCUGCGGAACGGGUCGCACGACAGUCCAAGCGCUAUGCCAUGGUAGAUGGGGAUCUAUACCGGCGUGGCAAGGAUGGGGUCCUUCUCUGGUGCGUCUCUCAGGAGGAAGGCAGCGAGCUGCUCGCCGACAUCCACAAAGGCGAGUACGGGAGUCACUCAUCCUCCCGCACGAUGGUUGGGAAGGCCUACCGGCAAGGGUUUUACAGGUCAACAGCCCUCGAGGACGCUGCUGAACUGGCUCAACACUACAGGGCAUGUCAAUUCCACGCAAAGCAGAUCCACCAGCCAGCAUAG